AUGGUAUCCUACAAGAAUUCCCCCAUCGUACAUUCCCGACUAUUCCGUUCUCCUGAGGAGGCGAGCAAUACCAGCAUCACAUGGGCACAGUCUAAACGCAACUGGAAGCCCUUCCCCGGGUCCUUCUAUGUUGGAGACAUCGAUGUUCCUCUUCUCAGGACAUGGGACAGAAUGUCAGGAAGCCAGCCAGACGAGGCCGGGCACAUGUUUGCUAGAAACCGUGAGCAGCAACUGCGCACCGCGGAUGUGCGAAAAGAAACCCUAGAACUCCACCUCAACCACAGAAACUGGGCCGUUGCCACGCCGUACAUCUCGUUCCAAGCCUCGGAGCAGAGGCUACGAGAGUUGGCAAACUUCAGAAAGACCCGGCCGGGAAGGGCAACACAGUCUAUUACCGUUAUUGACCCGGAAGUUCGUCUCAGGGCCGGCUGGCCUGUUCUCAGUGUUGGAAAGGAGAUGCGGUACUACGGGAUCCAACAAGAUCCUUACGGCAAUCCGUCUGAGGAGCACAACGACCACUACAUCUGCCUCUGGAGGAUUGAGAAGGAGGAGAUUGUCGGCCACUGGCUUUGGGAUGACCUUUCCCAAGACCCCGACUGGUACAACACGGAAAUUCUUCCUGCGUUCCAACACUUCCGUCAAGAAAGGCGCCGACGCGAACAGGAGGAACAGCAGAGACUCGAGCAGGGGAGGCAGCAGGCGUUGGUGGAGAGCCAGGUGGAUGACCUUUUAGGCGCGAUGGGUGCGCUUGGAUUGGAUGAUGCCGUUGCUGGUCCUUCUUCAUCGGAGCAGUCCCCCAUCCACUCGAUCCAGGGUGAUGAGCAAGCUGAAGAUUCUGGAAUUGGCAGCGAUGAUGAAUCGGAAAGAACACAUGUACGGGCAAUGCUUUGA